CCAUGAGGUUGAUUCUAGUUAAACCCACUAACGCGACGCGACGUCUUGACUCAACGGGUGAAGUCUUCCAUGAUGGGGACCAUGAGCAUUGUACCUCAGGAGGUCCAUCACCUCUGACAAAAUCUCCUGAGGGGAGGCACGAUCGAUACUCAUGUGCCUCUGUGGCAUCGCCGUCCCUACAGGAGACCACUCAGUGCUGUGUUUCAUCUUCACCCCAUGAAAGGUCCAAUGGAAUCAGUCCACCGAGUGUGUCAGCCCAGAUGUCGCCACUGAAAACCCGAAACCUAACCUUGUCACAGCUGAGUGAUCAGGACUGGCUUCUGCUUUGUGGCCCGGUCAGCAGCGCAGGAGAUGAUUCACCUUCAUCAGAGAGAGCAGCAUCCUGUGUGGGACACCCAAACCACAAUGACAGAUGUGGUUGUUCCUGUCCAGAUGCACCCCAACAUUCAGAGGCUUCAAGUUUUCAUCCACCGUCAAAACAGGCCAAGACAGUCCAAGACUGCCUCUCCCGAGUUUCAAACAGAAGAAGCCUUUCAUCUUCACUACACACCCAGCCUUUCUCUCAAAGCAGCCAAGCCCCGACAUCUUGCCAGGUUUUACCACAGCGAACAAACCAAAGGGAUCCUUUAAAACCUUCAACAAAUCAACCACAGGAUAAAUUCAUGCUCCAGUGCAGUGACCAAGAAGGUCGUAAGGGACUAUUACAGCAACAGCACUGCAAUCAUUUUCAACUUAAAGACAGUGGCAAUGCAACUUUGUUCAACAUCCCUCUGGACUCCAUUGAGUGUGCUGAGACAAAUCAGCAACUUCACCAACGAUCUCAGCCUGCUGUCACAGCGGACCUCAACUGGAGAGAGCUUUUUGGUAAAGAACCGCUGUUGGUGCAGCAGCUUCAAAAGCAAGACUCCCACUGCUCCAUGAGUGGCGAUCCAACCUGCAAGUCACCUGGAGAUCCCUCCAUCGUCCUCAAGUGCCGUCACCUCCCCUACAACCCUGCAAUCAGCAAUCCGCGGGUGAAGAGGUCGUCUACACCAGCCAGUGACAAAAGCUACCAUUCCUUCUCCACCAGCCAGUAUAGCUCACUUGAGAACCAGGAUUUAGUGGAGGAGAGAGCCAGACAGAGACAAAGUCAGACGACCUCUCCGCACCUCAAUGGAUCAAACCUCUCACUACCCAAACACAUUCCUCAACCUUCUGACAACUUACACAGCGGUGGCGUAUUUAAUGAGGAUGCAGUGCGACCACUGAGCAGUCGUGGUACUUUUAGGUCCAGUCUUUCAGACCUCCACCCAGACCAGCAGCCCCUUCAGCUUCUCCACAGUGCCAUCCUGGAGGAUGCCUUCUCCAAAGUCAUCAGAGAGGACUCCAGCAAGGCCAACAGUGAGAACCUGACCAGGGAGGAAGGCAGCGUACCACAGAAAAAGACCAAGGAUAUCAGCUACCGGCUGGGUCAGAGAAAAGCUCUCUUUGGGAAGCGCAAACAGUUGAGUGACUAUGCGCUGGUCUGUGGGAUGUUUGGUAUUAUUGUCAUGGUGAUUGAGACGGAGCUGUCAAGAGGAUUUUACACCAAGGAAUCCAUAUAUUCAUACGUACUGAAGGGCCUGAUCAGCCUCUCUACUGCUAUCCUUCUUGGACUCAUUGUGAUGUACCAUGCAAGAGAAAUCCAGCUCUUCAUGGUGGACAACGGAGCAGACGACUGGAGGAUAGCUAUGACCUUUGAGCGAAUUCUCUUUGUUGUUUUGGAGCUCCUCAUCUGUGCCAUCCAUCCAAUACCGGGCCAGUACGUGUUCACCUGGACUGCUCGACUGGCCUUCAGCUACACAGCAUCGGUAGCGGACGCUGAUGUUGACAUUAUCCUGUCUGUGCCGAUGUUCAUGCGCCUCUACCUUAUUGGCCGGGUCAUGCUGCUCCACAGCAAACUGUUCACAGACGCUUCAUCUCGCAGCAUUGGGGCGCUCAACAAGAUCAGCUUUGACACACGUUUCGUCAUGAAGACUCUGAUGACCAUCUGCCCCGGCACAGUCCUGCUGGUCUUCAGCGUGUCCUGUUGGAUCAUUGCAGCAUGGACUGUGCGUGUAUGUGAGAGGUAUCACGAUGCACAGGAGGUGACCAGUACCUUCCUUGGAGCAAUGUGGCUGAUCUCCAUCACCUUCCUGUCCAUUGGCUACGGCGACAUGGUCCCUCACACCUACUGUGGGAAGGGGGUCUGCUUGCUGACGGGAAUCAUGGGAGCAGGCUGUACAGCUUUAGUCGUCGCAGUUGUUGCAAGGAAGUCAGAGCUCACCAGAGCCGAGAAGCAUGUCCAUAACUUCAUGAUGGAUACUCAGCUCUACAAAAAGAUAAAAAACACAGCAGCCAAUGUGUUGAGGGAGACGUGGCUCAUCUACAAAAACACAAAGCUGGUCAAGAAGAUUGAUCGUGCCAGAGUACGCCACCAUCAGCGCAAAUUCCUGCAAGCCAUCCACCAACUGCGAAGCGUCAAAAUGGAGCAAAGGAAACUGACUGAUCAGGCCAACACAGUUGCUGACCUUGCUAAGACUCAGAACAUGAUGUAUGAUCUGGUGUCAGAGCUGCAGCAUCGAAGCGAGGAGCUGGACAGAAGGAUUGCGGCUCUAGAAGAGAAACUGGACUCCCUCCUGCUCAGUGUGCAGUCGCUGCCCGCUGUGCUCUCUCAAGCAAUAACAAAGCUACAAAAGGAUUUCCUGGACGACUUGGCCUGCCGGGUCCACUUCCUGUCAUCCUCCCUGAGCUCUGAGUGCUGUUCUGUCCCAGCCAGGCAGCUCUGUCCGGGGUCCUCCACACCGGAGACACCAUACAGCUCCUAGGCUUCACUCACUGGUUUUCCUCUUAGUGUGCAACCACCUUUCCUUUUUCC